AUGGCCGCACCUCGAAUAUCUGCUCUCUUCCCCCCUGAAGCUGAACAAUGGCGACAUUUACUCCGCACUACCCUACGAGAAUGUACAUAUCUCCCUGAUCCGAUCGCUCGCGCCUACAUGCGUAGUCAUGUUAUGGAACGAUAUCGCCGUGCUCGUGAUUCCAGACGCCCGAAAUCCAAAAUGGUCCGAACCGCCAAACAAGGGUUAUCUUUCUUGCGGAGAGCAAAUGAGGGCUAUCCACGAAUGCUUGACAAAGUGAUGUUCAUGUCUUAUGGUCGUACUGGUAAACGGCGACAUGAGUUAUUAGAUCGAAUGAUGAAAAUCGGCGAAGGCUCUACUCCAAUCCCAGAGAACGCCGAUGCUGUCCGAAGAUUGAUUAUCGAUUCUAGGGGUGGGUGGGCGGCUCCACAGUGGGAAGCUCCAGAGAUAGUCAUUGCUCUCGUGAAAUCUCAAAAGAACAAUGGCGUGGUCACAUCAUCACGUAUUCGGCCGCAUCUGAAAGCUAUCACACCAACUAUACCAGCCACAAAUAGCUGGGGCCGACCAUUAAACGAGGCUCGUAUAGCCAAUAUUCGUAAGAAAUGGUACUAUGAAACCCUGACAUCCCUCCUACCGCCACUACCGGAAGAGGAACUGGACACACUGGAAAAGUUGGUUUCAGGGACGGUACCGUGGAAGCCUGUCAAGCGUCGAGGUCAAAUAUCAUCCUCCACGCAGAUUCGCGAUCCCGGAAUUCUGGACUUCUUGGUAGAUGGGCCACAGAAGGGUCCUACAUUUCGAGAAUAUGUUAACGGUCGACCACAUGAGAUUACGCCCCGAUUCAUGCAUCGGCUAUGGAUGCGAAUUUCUGGAUUUGUGCCCCGAAUGCAAUGGAUUCCCAUUUCCAAGAAAUGGCGAUUUACUUGGGAUUCUCCCAAGGCUGUCCCACAAUUAACCUUCAAUGUUGACGAGGGAGCUGACCUAGAUUACAUCUUCGGAGGACAACAGCCCCAGCCGAAAGGAAACCGCAAUCGAACUCAAGCAAGACUAUAA